AUGUCUACUAAGGCUGCGCUCAAGGCCGCGAAGGCGGCGAUCGAUUCAAAGAAUUGGGAGGAAGCUGUCGAGCAGGCCAACGCUGUGCUUGAGAAGGACCCCAACAACUAUUUCGCGAAGCUGUUCUUAGGGCGCGCCAAUGACGGGCUGAGUAAAUACGACGAUGCUGCGAAAGCAUACAAUGACGCGACAAAGAUCAAGCCGGAGGAUCCACAAGCUUGGCUUGGGCUGAGAGGCAUGUACGAGGUGCUAGGCGGGCGAAAUGUCGAAGAGAACACCAAGGUUGGCCUGAAUUUGGCAGGGAUAUAUGCGAAUCUCGACGAUGCGCACCGCAGCCAGUCGGCCGUCGACAAGCUCGUAGACCAUGCCCGCAAGCACGGCACAAAAACGCAAUACGCACGCGCACUAGCCACUCAACUGCCCUCAUCACCUAUAUACUCAUACCUCGAAGGGCGCCUGCCUCAGCCCUCGGCGACGCUGACGCGCAUUGCCGAGAUCCACGAAACCCAAGAGACCGCCACGAUCAAGAAGCUGAUUGACGAGCGGCGCUUGCGCCUCGGCGCAACCCUUGAGACCACCACAAGCACCGUAAAGAAUGAGGUCUACAGUGCCAGCCCGCUGGAAGGGAUAUAUGAAGAAAUCAUCAACUGGACGAACGAUGACGAGCUGCGGAGAGAAUACGAGGAGAAGCUGUUGGAGCGCGUGUAUGACACACUGCUUGUGCUCCCUGCAGGCGCGAAGGAGGAAAAGAGGCAGAAGGUUCUGAAGCUAGCGCACGAUAUGGUGGUCAUCAAGCACCCGUACCAUCUUGCAUGGCAGAUUGAACUGGAGUGGCGGUCAGGGUUGGACGUAGAAGCCUAUUAG